GAGAGCGCUCCUUGCUCUGUAAAGUGGAUGUCAGGUGGAUCUAUGUUUUUGAAGGAACAAAGACUCAGCGAAGGCACCGCCGAGGAAGUUUGAGACGCGGGAGGAUGCAGGCUACGUGCUGGUACGUGCUUCUCCUCUUGCAGCCCACCGUCUACUUGGUCACAUGUGCCAAUUUAACAAACGGUGGAAAGUCAGAACUUCUAAAAUCAGGAAGCGGCAAAUCCACACUAAAGCAUAUAUGGACAGAAAGCAGCAAAGACUUGUCUAUCAGCCGACUCCUGUCACAGACUUUUCGUGGCAAAGAAAAUGAUACAGAUUUAGACCUGCGAUAUGACACCCCAGAACCUUAUUCUGAGCAAGACCUCUGGGACUGGCUGAGGAACUCCACAGACCUUCAAGAGCCUCGGCCCAGGGCCAAGCGAAGGCCCAUUGUUAAGACGGGCAAGUUUAAGAAAAUGUUUGGAUGGGGUGAUUUUCAUUCCAACAUCAAAACAGUGAAGCUAAACCUAUUGAUAACUGGGAAAAUUGUAGAUCAUGGCAAUGGGACGUUUAGUGUUUAUUUCAGGCAUAAUUCCACUGGUCAAGGGAAUGUAUCUGUCAGCUUGGUGCCCCCUACGAAAAUAGUGGAAUUCGACUUGGCACAGCAAACCGUGAUUGAUGCCAAAGAUUCCAAGUCCUUUAACUGUCGCAUUGAAUAUGAAAAGGUUGACAAGGCUACCAAGAACACACUCUGCAACUAUGACCCUUCAAAAACCUGUUACCAGGAGCAGACCCAAAGUCAUGUGUCCUGGCUCUGCUCCAAGCCCUUUAAGGUGAUCUGUAUUUACAUUUCCUUUUAUAGUACAGAUUAUAAACUCGUACAGAAAGUGUGCCCCGACUACAACUACCACAGCGACACACCUUACUUCCCCUCUGGAUGAGGAUGAAUGUAGGGGUGAGACUGAAGCCUGAGGAAUUCAAGGUCACAUGACAGGGCUGUUACCUCAAGAAGAAGGUCCCAUCUGUUGCCUGGAAUGUGUCUACACUGCCGCUCUCGUCAACUGGCCGCAAAUACGCUCGUGGAAAACAAUCUGAUGUAAUUUCUGCCCAGUCAGCUUCAUCUCUCAGUAUAGUUGUAAAUCACCACAGAUUCUAAAGCCACACUUGAAGACAUGCUCUCACACACAGAUGUACACAGACACACUCUCAUAUACAUUUCAGCUGGCAUCCGUCAUGAUUCCUGUCAAGAGGGCUUUUGUUGUCUGACUCAUAAUGGUUCAGGAUAAACGAUCAUCAAGCAAAAGGAUUAACUAGACAGUGAAUGGUUUUUAGCACUUGCUGUUAUGGAAAUCUCCUUUUAAGUCUUGAGUACAUGCUAAUCAAUAAUCCCCACUCAUGCAUUUCUACUGCUUGGAGUAGCUGUACUGGUAAAUACUACUGUAGGAGUAUAUGCUUGUUAAAAUGGAAAAAAAAAAUGUGUCUUUAGAGCUCAGUAUUCUUUAUUUUAUGAACACAACAAGUGUAGUAACUUUUUCCAGCAUUCAGUAGGCACAUUCAAGGUGAUACAAGAUGGCUCUUUUUUCUGUGGAGGGAGCCUGUUCUCAGUAAAGAUGAGCAAACAUUUGGAAUUUAAAUGUGGGCAGACACUGGAUUACAGCUUUCAUCACCAAUCAUUGGACUUUUGCAAAGUCGAGACCAGCUAAGGUUGCUUAAAAUAAGUUCUGAUCAUUAUAUAAGAAGGGAAAUGCCUGACAGACACCAUGUAAGUUAUAAGUGUCUGUCUUAUCUUUACUACACAUAUUGUAACAAAUUCAAUAUCCUAGUCUUUAUUUGUAUGAAUGGUUUGUAUUGUACAUAGUUUAACCAAGUGUUAUUUGAGCUGCUUAUUAAUAUUAACUAUGUACUUGUCUCUCUGCUUGUUAUUGGUUAAAAAAGAAAAAAAAAAGGAUAUGAGGAAUCCAUUCUAUCAAUGUAGCUGUGAACCCCAUUAAAAAGACAAACUUAAUGUACAAAGCAUUUAUUCAGCUCAAGUAUUGUUGAAAGCUAUACAUAUACAACAUUACAGUCUGUCUGUAUUUAGAUAUUUUAUUUCUGGACAAAUGAA